AUGAAAUCGCUUAGUUUACAACGUCGUUUAAAACAAACUCAACAUUAUCACUUUAUAGAUGUUAAUGAAAAAUUAUUGAAAGCAAAUGAAUUUAAUAAUCAAGAUGAAAAUAAUUUCAGUGCUGGUUCUAUUCUCAUUGCAAUUGUUGCUUUAAGUUGUGCUAUAAUUCUUGUACUCUUAGGCAUUACAGUAUAUGUUUGUGGUCGUCGUGGAUUUCAAAACUUUCGUCAGAACAAUAACAAUAACAAUACUCAUAUAAAUGGUCGAAUUCAAUAUUUAACACGCAAUCACAAUUCAUUGAACAGUAUCAAGUUGACUAAUGAAAAAGUUAACUGGAAAAAUAUAUUGAAUUCCGAGUCAAAUACAGUUCAUAUUAAUAGUAAUUGUGAUAAUGAAUCGUAUAAUCCACAUGUUCUACCUACACCGACUAUGACAUUAUAUCCUAAUAAAUCAAUACUAAUCGAUAAGGACAGCGAAAGUGUUUUACGCUAUCAUCUUAAUUCAAACGAAUCCACAAUAUUGAACAAUGAAAAUAAUCCUUAUGUUGAUCAAACAGAUUCUGUACAUUUAAAAUCAAUAAUAAUUGGACAGAAUCAAUUCAAACAUAGGCGACCACAACAAGAACAACAGGAUUAUCAAACAAAUCACGAAGGUUAUACAACAUUUCUACCACUUAGUGAACGAUCAUCUUCAAAUUGUCAUCCAAAUUAUACAACAUUACCAUUAGAAGCUAAUCAUUCAAGCUAUGUAUCAAUGCCAAUAUCAUUAUUGUCUAAUGAUGAGUUCAAACAAAACUGCGAAAAGGGUUGGACAUUGAGUGGGUGUAUAUUACCGCAAUAUAAUCAGUAUGAACAGAAAAUUAUUUCUUUUAUAAAUUCUAACGAAUAUUCAAAACAAAGUCAUGAAAGGAAGCAUUCAGAAGAACAUAAGUUUGAUGGUCAAUCGAAUCCAAGUAAAGUUAACAAUGAUAACUUAACAGUGACUCCCAUUUUAUCGGUCCAUACCUCAACAACUAAUACUAAUGCAGCAGCUGAUAAUAAUAUAAAUUCUACAGAUACUACUGAUAUGGUGAAUAGUAAUAUAAUCACUAAUAAUAAAACUAAUGCUAUUCCUUUUACACAAUCAUUGAAAAUGAAAAAAUCUCAUAAAUUGCAAUUUGAUGAUUCGUUUAACUUAGUUAAUAAUCACGUUGACAAUAAUUUAGUUGAUUGUACAUUGAACAAAAAACAUGCGAAAAGUUUAAAUGAAAUGAAUCAUUUAAAAACUGCUCGUAGUUGGGAAUAUAUUGUAAUACCAGAAAUCGAUCAACCACUGUCUCCGCUUUCAUCAAAUAUUAUGGAUCAUAACAUAACAAAGGAACAACAACAUAAAGCAUCUUGGAUUCCAAUUGCAUCAAGUAAGCUAAGCACAAUUUCAUCCGUUCAAAAACCAAUAAUACAUGAUAUGAAUCAUGAUUCUUCAGAUAAUCAACCACUCAAUAAUACUGAUUCAUCAAAAUAUAUCACUAAUAAAAAUUCCACUCAUUUACAAACAUUUCAUCAACCAGUGAACUCCAACUCAUCCAUAUUACAUUUAUAUAAUGCACAGAAUAUUCCAGAUUACAAUUCAUCUAGAAUAACAACAAAUCAACCAAUCAUGGAUGAACAAAUCAAUCAAUCCAAUGACAAAUUUAAUUUAUACUCACAAGGUCAAUCGAUCACACCAGUGAAUCUGAUUGACUUGAUGGAUAAACGAAUCUGUUGCACAAAAUCAUGUGACUGUGGAAAAAUAACAAAUAAUUCAUUAAUGAAUCAUUCUCAGUACCCAAUGAAUAUGAUGAAUCUACAACAUCCAUAUUCGGAUCAAGAACAAAAUAAUCAGAAUAAUUCACCAGUCACAACUGAUUUUGUUUAAAUGAAUCUAUUCAUGCAAAUGAUUCUUGCUUGUUUCUUUUUUCUACAGAAUGUCCAAAUAAAACAAUUGAUGUUAAACGAACAUCGAAUGAAUCAUUGCGUUUAAUCAGAUUAUGUAACAUGAUUACCUAUGUUAGUCCUAUACUAAGUGGAAUUACGAAAUCCGAUGAGCGUGAGAGAACCUUGUACUAAAAAAUUUGGAAUUAAAACAGUUCACUGUCCUUGUAAUAUAUUCCUAUUCCAAAU